UGGCGGCGCAGUGGCGGUGAAUGCUGCCGGCGUGCAAGUGCGUCCAAUGUCGCAAAUGUAUGCGAAUGGUGGGGUUAGUGGUCAGCCAUUACCGCUGCCACUGCCGUCACAGCAACAGCCGCAAACACAGCAGCAGCUUAUGGAUAGUGCGCUGAUGAGCGCGGCAGGCGAUCAGGCUGCAUUGUUAGCGCAAGCGCCAAUGCCGGUAUCCAAUGUGACUGAUCAGCAGUUGCAAGCCGCCCAAGCGGACGAUGAACCGCUGCCUGCUGGCUGGGAAAUACGCUUCGAUCAGUACGGCCGCCGCUAUUACGUCGACCACAAUACGCGUUCCACCUACUGGGAGAAACCGACGCCACUACCGCCCGGUUGGGAGAUACGCAAAGAUCCACGCGGCCGUGUCUACUAUGUGGACCACAAUACGCGCACAACCACCUGGCAGCGACCGAACAGCGAGCGUCUUAUGCAUUUUCAACAUUGGCAAGGACAGCGUGCGCAUGUCGUUGCACAGGGUAAUCAACGUUUCCUCUACUCACAGCAACAACAACAGCCUACAGCGGUGACGGCCACCGUGACGCAAGACGAUGAGGAUGCCUUGGGACCGCUGCCCGAUGGCUGGGAAAAGAAGGUGCAAUCGGAUAAUCGUGUAUACUUUGUGAAUCACAAGAAUCGCACGACACAGUGGGAGGACCCGCGCACGCAGGGUCAAGAAGUUAGUUUAAUGAACGAGGGUCCACUACCGCCCGGCUGGGAGAUACGCUAUACCACUACAGGUGAACGCUUCUUUGUCGAUCACAAUACACGUCGCACCACCUUCGAUGAUCCACGUCCGGGCGCACCCAAAGGCGCUAAGGGUGUGUAUGGCGUGCCACGCGCCUAUGAGCGUUCCUUCCGUUGGAAGCUCUCACAAUUCCGCUACCUCUGCCAGAGUAAUGCUUUGCCGUCACACAUUAAAAUAACCGUGACACGACAGACGCUUUUCGAAGAUUCAUACCACCAAAUUAUGCGUUUGCCUGCCUAUGAGCUGCGACGUCGCCUCUAUAUCAUUUUCCGUGGUGAGGAGGGUCUCGACUAUGGUGGUGUGUCGCGUGAAUGGUUCUUUUUGCUAUCACAUGAGGUGCUCAAUCCCAUGUAUUGUCUCUUCGAGUACGCCAACAAAAACAACUAUAGUUUGCAAAUCAAUCCGGCCUCGUAUGUGAAUCCAGAUCACUUGCAGUAUUUCAAAUUUAUUGGCCGUUUCAUAGCGAUGGCAUUGUAUCAUGGUCGUUUUAUAUAUUCCGGAUUCACAAUGCCCUUCUACAAGCGUAUGUUGAACAAGAAAUUAACUAUAAAAGACAUUGAAACCAUCGAUCCGGAGUUUUAUAAUUCGCUUAUUUGGGUGCGUGACAAUAAUAUUGACGAGUGUGGAUUGGAGCUUUGGUUUAGCGUCGACUUUGAGGUGCUUGGACAGAUAAUACAUCAUGAAUUGAAGGAAAAUGGCGAAAAAGAACGAGUGACGGAGGAGAACAAAGAGGAAUAUAUAACACUCAUGACUGAAUGGCGGAUGACGAGAGGUAUUGAGCAGCAGACAAAAACGUUCCUGGAAGGCUUCAACGAGGUGGUGCCGCUCGAAUGGCUAAAGUAUUUCGACGAACGUGAAUUGGAGCUCAUAUUGUGCGGCAUGCAAGAUGUAGAUGUAGAUGAUUGGCAACGGAAUACGAUUUACAGGCAUUACAAUCGCAACUCCAAACAAGUGAUGUGGUUCUGGCAGUUUGUGCGCGAUACGGACAAUGAAAAGCGUGCACGCUUGCUGCAAUUUGUUACGGGUACGUGUCGUGUGCCCGUCGGCGGUUUUGCUGAGUUAAUGGGCUCCAAUGGACCACAACGCUUUUGCAUUGAAAAAGUGGGCAAAGAAACAUGGUUGCCGCGAUCGCAUACCUGCUUCAAUCGGUUGGACUUGCCGCCAUAUAAGAGUUACGAUCAGCUAGUGGAGAAAUUGACAUUUGCCAUUGAAGAGACUGAAGGCUUCUGCCAGGAGUAGAGCGGAAAGCGGCGUGGAGUGACCAUUGUGUACAAGGGUGUAAAGAGGACGUCGAAGCAGUUGUGGGCGGCACUCUUGUUGAGUGUGUGGUGUAAUUGGCAACCAAAUAAAGAUUUAAAUAAAGCAGCUAAGCUUUAAUGGAAAAUCUUGGCAUAGAAAGAGAGAGAGAGAGAGAGAAAGAGAGAUCAAGUGUGCAUGAUUCGCAAAUCAUUUCAACGAGUAAGCGAGCAAAAGAGAGAGAGCGAGAGAGCUAGCGAUAAUGCUGUUGUAAUAAGUUCUAAUUAAAAUUACAAAUAAAUAAAUAAAGAACUAUAUUAUUAGAAAAAAUUUA